AUGAGCGUCACUUACGAGGUUUUCCGCGGCUCCGAGGAGGGCAAGAUCGUUCCUGACAAGGUCACCAGCACCCUCGGCCACAACGAUGUCUUCAUCGAGACCACUCACUCCGGUCUCUGCGGUACCGACGAGCACUACCUGAAGACCAACCAGGUUCUCGGCCACGAGGGUAUCGGUAUCAUCAAGGCUGUCGGCGCCGGUGUCAACACCGUCAAGGUCGGUGACCGUGUUGGAUACGGAUACAUCCACAAGAUCUGCGCUACCUGCGACAACUGCGCUACUGGCUGGGACCAGCACUGCCGCGACGUUCAGCAAUAUGGCUUCCACGACUUCGAUAACGGCUCGUUCAGCUAUGGCACCGUCUGGGACGCCAACUGCGUCUUCCCCAUCCCCGAGAGCCUGAGCUCCAUCGACGCCGCCCCCCUUAUGUGCGCCGGCGCCACCGUCUGGACCGUCCUCACCGAGUACGCCAUGCGCCCGACGGAGCGCGUCGGUAUCAUGGGUAUCGGUGGUCUCGGCCACAUCGCAAUUAAGCUUGCCGCCGCCAUGGGUUACAACGUCGUCGUGCUGUCCAGCUCUGAGAACAAGCGCCAGGAGGCCAUGGAUUACGGUGCCUCCGAGUACCACGUCUGGCGGUCCGGCGAGGAGGCUCCCAAGGACUUCAAGCCCCUCAAGCACCUGAUUCUCUGCGGUAGCGCAGCCAUCGACUAUCCUUCUCUCGUCCCUCUCAUGGACACCCGUGGCUCCAUCUAUCCCCUCACAGUGGCCUUCGAGCCCGCUCAAGUCCCCAUGCUCGCUCUCGUCCUGAAGGGUGUUCGCAUCCAGGGCUCCCUGGUUGCCUCUCGCGAGAGCAUCCGCACUCUGCUUGAGUUCGCGGCCCGCAAGAACGUUCUGCCCACCAUCAUGACUUUCCCCUUCACGACCGCCGGUAUCGAGGAUGCUAUGCGCACUCUCCGUGAGGGCAAGAUGCGCUACCGUGGUGUGCUCGUUCGCGAGUAA